AUGGAUAUGCAUAGCACCUCUCUGUUCCUCCUCGCCUUGAUCCAUCUGCUUGUGCACGUUUCAGCCCAUGAUUUCCUCUUGCCAGCUGAGAAGACCGUCGUCUGGAGCGCGAAUCAUCUCCACCCUGUGUACACCUGGGGAUCCAGAGUCGAGUUAGACAUCCAUGGGACCAUGGUUGUAAAAGAUUACAAUGGCCAGAUCGCAUGGACCAACAAUGUGAGCUCUUCGGAUCAUGCCGACCGAGCUCAGCUGCUGGAUACGGGAAAUCUCGUCAUCAAGGGAAAAGGUGAUGCAAUUCUGUGGCAAAGUUUUGAUUCUCCUACUGAUACCUUGCUGCCCAUCCAGAACAUCACUGUGGCUACAAAGCUGGUAGCUACUCAGACUCUACUCGUUCCUGGCCAUUACAGCUUCCAUUUUGAUGAUCAGCAUCUACUUACGCUAUUUGACGAUGAGAAGGACAUCUCAUUCAUCUACUGGCCAGAUCCAGAUAUCAAUAUCUGGGCAAAACAAAGAAACUCAUUUAUUAGCACCACAAUUGGCGUUCUUGAUAGCUCUGGGCAUUUCCUUGGAAGUGACAAUCUGAGCUUUACAUCAUCUGAUUCAGGUCCUGGGAUCGUGAGGAGACUGACACUAGACUAUGAUGGCAAUCUCAGGCUGUACAGUAUGGAUAACAAUGGGGCAUGGAUCGUCUCAUGGAUGGCAUACUCUCGGCUCUGCUAUGUACAUGGUUUGUGUGGCAAGAAUGGAAUAUGUGUGUAUACGCCUGCGCCUACCUGUACAUGCGCACCUGGCUAUGAGGCCAUUGACCCAAGUGAUGGGAGAAAAGGCUGCAAGCCCAAGCUCACAGUGAGUUGA